AUGGACAGAUCAGACAACCCGGUUGAAAUACCAGCCCUGGGCCGCCCAUUCCAGCUGGGGAUGCUGUACGACUGUCGUAAAGAUGCCCUCAUCCCAGGUAAACCUGGUGCAAGGAAGAGUUUAUACAGUGGUACCUCGGGUUAAGAACUUAAUUUGUUCUGGAGGUCCAUUCUUAACCUGAAACUGUUCUUAACCUGAAGCACCACUUUAGCUAAUGGGGUCUCCUGCUGCUGCUGCUCUGCAGCUGUGGAAUUUCUGUUCUCAUCCUGAAGCAAAGUUCUUAACCCGAGGUACUAUUUCUGGGUUAGCGGAGUCUGUAACCUGAAGCGCCUGUAACCUGAAGCUUCUGUAACCCGAGGUACCACUGUACUGAUAAGCAAAAAUUACUCAUAUCAAGAUUGCAGUUGGCCCAAACAGUGCAGUUUCAGUGCUAAAUGUGCUCCUCAAAUUCAUUUUCAACAUCCCUUACUGUCUGCUUCCACAUCUUUUGCCAAAGUUUGUGUUCCUUUAUGUUCUCUUCAUUUGGACAAGACUUCCAUUUAUUAAAAAGAAGUCUUCUUGCCCGUGAUAGCGUCUUUGCUCCUUAACCUUGCUGGCAUCGUCUUGGCCCAAAUCAUCAUCAUCAUCUGCCAAUAAAGAUUCAGCAGGUGUGUUCUGUUUCAAUUUUUUAAAGCUUGCUGAAAACCUUUCUAGUCCACCAGGCCUAUGCAGGCCAUUACUAAUACAUCUUUCGACAAUUAUUUGUUGUUGUUUAGUCGUUUAGUCAUGUCGGACUCUUCGUGACCCCAUGAACCAGAGCAUGCCAGGCCCUCCUGUCUUCCACUGCCUCCUGCAGUUUGGUUCCACUCUCAUAUCUUGUCAAAUAUUUUCCCUGCCUUUUGCCAAGUUUCAUAAAACUGCACAAACCUCUUUUGUUGGGGAUGACAGUGGGACAAAAUUCAUGAGUGCAGACAUUGUGGGCAAUGAUAGCUCUAUUUUAACUCCUUGUUUCUCUGUACACCCUUAGCAUUAGGCUAAUUGUGUUCUACAUUUCUGUGAACAUACUCAAGCCUUGCAUAUUUCUCUGCUUUAUCCCAGGAAUCACCCUUUGGGACCACGACUCGCUUCAGAAGGACUUGUGUAUCCAACCAAAACCAAAGACUGAAUAUGAAAUCAUUGCAUCUGACUCCAUCGAUGAUAAGGCAUCUGCCCUCAAUGUCCCUGCAUCACUCAAGGCCAGUUUUUUGGGUGGAACAGUUGAAGUGGAUGGAUCAGGCAAAUUCCUUCAAGACACAAAGCAGUCCACGACACAGGCCAGAGUCACUCUGCAGUACAAAGCUACCACCAAGUAUUCACAGCUGACCAUGAGCCAUUUGGGAUUCCAAAACGUCACUUAUCCAGCUGUUUUUGAGCAUGGCACAGCCACCCAUGUUGUCACUGCCAUCUUGUAUGGAGCCCAGGCUUUCUUUGUGUUCGACCGAAAUAUCUCUUCUUCCGAAUCUGUGCAAGAUAUACAAGGAAGCCUCCAUGCUGUGAUCAACUUGAUUAAAGUCUCUGUCAAAGGGGAAGCAUCUGUCCAGAUAGAGGAGAAGGAGAAAGCCCAAACGGAGAAUUUCAGCUGCAAGUUCUAUGGGGAUUUUUCUUUGGAAAGUAAUCCGGUGACUUUUCAAGAUGCCAUGAAAGUCUACAGCGAUCUGCCCCAAAAGCUCGGGGAGGAUGGAGAGAAGGCUGUGCCUGUCAGAGUUUGGCUGUACCCAUUGACCAAGCUAGAUUUCAGAGCAGCUAAGAUGGUGCGUGAGAUCAGCUUAGCACUGAUCUUUGAUACUCAAACUAUCUUGGAGAAUCUGAAUGAAAUCAACAUGCGAUGCAAUGAUCUGGCUAUGAAUCCUGUUGCUGAAAACUUCCCAGAAUUAAAGAAGAAAAUCAAGAGAUUCAAGGAUCUGUGCAAGCAGCACAGGCAGACUUUCCAGGAACACCUAGCAGGAAUCCUUCCUUUGAUCCGGGGAGGGGAGAAAGAGGAAAGUGUUCUGGUGGACAUUUUAAUGUCCAUUAACCAGUCUCCCUUCAACAGCCAAAGACUCAGUGAGUUUUUGGAUGCCAAGGAACGAGAGAUUAAUUUGGUGAAUUCUUACCUUAGAAUCCUACGUGGAAUGGAAGUAAUCUCUUCCCAGAACAAACUGGAAGAAAUCGUGCUAAAUCCUGCAAAUGAGUUUGUUGUCUCAUUUACCUUCACUUCUUUACAUGAUGAGGAACCAUUUUUAGCCAGCUUACAAGACUGGCUUCAGAAAGAUUUUGUUCAGGAAACAGCAAAUUCCACCAGUGGCCAAUUGACACCCAAGAACAGUAAAGCCUGUGUGAUGGGAUGAUGAGCUGCUUGUGCGUAAAAUCGUAUCCCCUCAGAGUUUGUUCAAGUCCACAAACCUCUGUCUGUGACAGAGCCCCUCAGACAUGGCUACUCUAGUCACUAGCAGAUUCCGACAGUGGUUGCUUUCGUAAUCGCUUCCAACAUAAAAGCUCCUUAACGGAAACACGUCUUCUGGAAUCUCUGCGUGACAGUUUCCGGCGAGGAGUGGGUUUUCUUACAGGAGGUCCUGAAACCUCUCCACUGUUUUCGCUGGAAGUGUCUCUGAGCCAUCCCUCCAGCUCAGCUCCUCUCCCCCUGCUGGUUCCCUCAUCAGCUGCUGCGUCUCUCCCAACCUGUGUGAGCCCUUUCACCUCCCUGUUGGUUUCCUCUUCAGCUGCUGCGUCUCUCCCAACCUGUGUGAGCCCUUUCACCUCCCUUCCGUCCGAUGGCAGUUCCCUGACAUCCACCUCCCCUCCAGGGCCCCCUUCACCUCCUCUCUCCCCCUCCUCUACGGGCGGUGAGGAGGCAAAACCCGGAAUGAACUUCCUUCAUCUUCCGAUGUCUCGAACACUUCUCUCAACCUGUUGCGGUUCCUGGUCUCGAAGUACACCUCCUCCUCAGAGUCCAUCUCCCCUUCCCCUUCCGAGUCCGGGAAUCCUUCCAACUCCUCCCCUUCAUCAGUGGUCCCAAAGUAUUCCCUCCGGAACCUCUCCACAGGCUGAGGUUUCCUCGGGAACCUCUGAUGGAACGUUUCUAUCAAUACCUCGUCAUUGAUAUCUUCAGCCAUUACCCAAGUGUUUUCUGACUCCGGUUCUCCUUCCCACGCUACCAAAUACUCCACCUGAUCCCCCUUCCACCUGGCGUCGAGGAUUUCUGCCACAUGGCUGCUGCAUUCUCUUUCUUCUACGACCGGUCCCCGAGUGGCCAGCCCUUCUCGUCCCCCUUCGUACGGUGACAGUAACGACCUGUGAAAUACUGGGUGCAGUUUCAUGUGGUUGGGUAACCGGAGCCUGAAAGCCACUGGGUUGACCUGUUGAAUGACCUCAAAGGGACCCAACCUCCUGGGUCUUAAUUUCUUACAACCUCCUUUGAACGGCAACCCUUGGGUUGACAGCCACACCCUAUCUCCCACCCUUAUGGUUUCACCUUCCCUUCGGUUCUUGUCUGCCUGCCUCUUGUAUUCUUCCUUCGCCCUUUCUAAGUUGAGUUGGAGCUGACGAUGGAUUGCUUCCAUUUCUUCCACAAAAUGCUCGGCUGCCGGGACGCUCCAUCUCUCCCCCUCCCCCUGGGAAAGCCCUGGGAUGACACCCAUAAUUAGCCAAGAAGGGGCUCAUCCCUGUGGACACAUUCUCGGCAUUGUUGUAGGCAAAUUCCGCCAGCGCCAACUUUUCUACCCAGUCAUUCUCUCUGUCAUUGACAUAACACCUCAGGUAUUGCUGGAGGACACCGUUUGCUCUUUCCGCCUGCCCGUUGGUUUCAGGGUGCCGGGCAGUCGAAAAUUGACCUCCACCUGCAGUAAGCUCAUGAGCUUCCUCCAGAACCUGGAAGUAAAUUGUUUUCCUCGGUCUGAGACCACCCUCAAUGGCACCCCGUGCAACCUAAAAAUGUUUUCUACAAAUAACUUCGCUGUCUCUUCCGCCGUGACUGCAUGCGAGCAAGCUACAAAGUGGCACAUCUUUGUUAGUAGGUCUACCACCACCAUGAUGGCUGUUUUUCCUUUGGACUUCGGCAGAUCAGUCAUAAAAUCUAUCGACACUGCCUCCCAAGGUCGUUCUGGGGUUGGUAAGGGUUCUAAUAGCCCCGCCGGCGCCCGCCUUUCCCCUUUGGCUCGCUGGCAUUGCUCGCACCCUCUUACAUACUCACGUACAUCUUCCCUCACCUUAGGCCACCAAAAUUCCCUGGUGACCAACCACAUGGUUUUGUGUUGUCCAAAAUGCCCCGCCGUAGGGCUGUCGUGCAACUGCUUGAGUACCCUCCCCUUAACUCUCCUUCAGGGAUAUACAGUGCCCCUUUGUAAUACAAAGCUCCAUUUCUUUCCUCGAAACCCCUGGUUCCUCUCCAUCACCCCUAAGACCUCUGAGCUUAUUCUGAGCGUAUUCAUCAUUCUCUGUUUCCUCUACCAGUUCUCUUUGUCCCACCAAUGCCGCCCCACACACCCAGCGGUCUUCUGGAAUGACAUGUCUCUCUUCGGGUGCCCCCUCCUCCUCCAAAUAUUCAGGUUUGCGUGAGAGAGCGUCCGCCCUAAUGUUCUCUGGGCCUGGCACGUAACUAAUCUCAAAGUUAAAUUUGGAGAACUCCUGGGCCCAUCUCACUUGCCGUUGGUUGAGCACUCGUGCCGUCCUCCAAUACUCUAGGUUCUUGUGGUCAGUGCACACUUGCACCUUAUGUUGUGCGCCAAUUAGCAGGUGCCUCCAUCUCCGGAACGCCUCAUGAAUGGCUAGUAGUUCUCGGUCAUACACCGUGUAGUUCCUCUCGGAUUUGUUCAGCUUUCGCGAAAAAGGCACACGGUCUCCACUCUGACCCCUUCUUGCCUGGCUGCAGAAGCACCGCCCCAAUCGCUCUGUCUGAUGCGUCAGUUUCCACUCUCAUCGGUUUUUGUAAAUCCACAUGCAGGAGUUGUUGUUCCGAGGCGAAGGCCCUUUUAGUUCCUCAAAUGCUCGCUCCGCCUCCUCAGUCCACACGAACUUCUUCUUACUGCUGAGACAGUCCGUAAUGGGCGCCGUCAGGUGGGCAAAGUUUCGGAUGAACUUACGAUAGAAGUUCCCAAAUCCUAGGAACCUCUGCACAUCCUUCUUUGUUUUGGGUGUUUUCCAUUCCAGCACAGCCUGGACCUUGCCGGGAUCCAUGGCCAAUCCCUUGUCUGACAGGCGAUACCCCAGGAAUUCCACCUCCUUGGUAUGAAACUGACACUUCUCCAGUUUCACCCACAGCUGGUUGGCUUGCAGCCUGCUCAACACUUCUCUGACGUCUCUCACAUGCUGCUCCUCAUUCUCAGAAUACACCAACACGUCGUCUAAAAAGGCCACACAAUUCUUGUAAAGCAAAGGCCCCAGGACGUGGUUCAUAAACGAUUGAAAUGUUGCGGAGCCUGCUUGUAGGCCGAAGGGCAUAACCAAAUAUUCAAAUGCCCCUAAAGGGGUGAACAUAGUGGUUUUCCAUUCAUCCCCCUUCCUUAUUCGUACCAGGUUGUACGCCCCCCUUAGGUCCAGCUUUGUAAAAAUCUUUCCCUUCCGCACCCUUGUCAAAAUGUCGUCAAUCCUGGGCAUAGGGAAGGCUACUGGUUCUGACACUGCAUUUAAGGCCCUGAAGUCACACACCAGCCUCGGCUUGUUCGUGUUUUUCUUAUCCACAACACACACUGGGCUGCCCCCCACCGCCCUGGACUCUCUGAUGAACCCUCUCUUCAGGUUCUUGUCAAUGAACUCUCUUAACUCCUGCAUCUCUCUGUCUGACAUGGCGUACAGCUUGCCUACAGGGAGCUGUGCUCCAGGGAGUAAGUUGAUUUGACAGUCAAAGGGUCUAUGCGGGGUAGUUGGUCAGCUUCCCUUUCGCUGAAGACGUCACGGAGAUCUGCAUAUUGUCGUGGUACCUUCACGUUCUCUGUUACUUCAGUCCCUGCUAGGGUGGCUUGGACCCCUCCCAAACCCUUUCCCUCUUUGCAGUGUUCUAAGCAAUGUGCUGAACCAAAAGAAACCACUCUCUGAUGCCAGCCCACCAGCGGAUCAUGUAACGCUAGCCAGCUCAUCCCCAAUAUAAUGGGAGCUCCUCCCAAGGUGGCCACAUUAAAAGCUAUCAGUUCGGUGUGCCUUGCUACCUUCAUUAUCAUUGGGACGGUCUGCAAGCUGACUUCUCCACCCAACAGCUCCCUGCCAUCGAUCGUGGUCACCUGCAGGGGGCUGCUUAAAGGGAUUGUCUGUAUCUGGUGUUCAGCUGCAAACUCUUUGCUCAUGAAAUUGCAGGAGCUGCCUGAGUCCAACAGCGCCUUUAUCUUUAGAGGGUGUCCGUUUGGCAGCUCUAGCGUCACUUCUAUCACUAGGGCGGGUUUAGGGGGUUCUGGCGUGGGCACUCUCACUGCUCUUUGGCCUGGCUGCUGUGCCCUGACAGUGGCAGCCAGGCGUUGGCUUUACUUGCUCCGGUAUAUUUUCCUCUCUUCCAUCCACAGCCCCUACCAUCCCUUGCCAUUCUUUCCUCUGGGGGCAGACUCUGGCAAAGUGACCUGGCUGUUGGCAGAGAUAGCAUUUCCGGGCGCCUUUUCCCUCCUUCUUUGCCCCCUCACUGGGCUUUGAAACUGCGCGCGCGCGCUGUUCCGAUUUCCAUCGGCUCUGCCGGUGGGAAAGUUGGCUCUGGAAUGUCUGGAAUGCGGAACUCCUUCCAACGUUCCCCUUCCCUUCCCGCCUCUCCAAUGCUCUCGCCUCCUGGCGCGCUCCUAUGGCCAGCGCUGAUUUGGUCAGCUGGUCCAUAGACUCCGCCCUGGGCGCCCGGGAAAGUUCGUCUUUCACAGCCGAAGAAAGCCCUUCUUCAAAGAGCAUUUGAAUGGGUUCCGCCGAUAAGUCCCACCCCAAUCUGUGAACAAGCAUGGUGAACUCAGUCCAGUACUCACGGACAGAUCGGCUCCCCUGUUUGCAACCCAUUAACUGUCUGCGCACCACUCCCUUUUCAAUAUCGCUGGAAAACAUCAGAUCCAUGGCGCGAAAGAACUUCAUCGUGUCUUUUAAGACGUCACUAUUCGCUGCCAUCAGGGGUCUAACCCAGUCUCUCGCCCCUUUUCAAGAUGCUCAAUCACGAAAGCCACUCGUGAUUCCUCGUCAGGGAAUUCAUCAAACUGCAGAUUGAGGGCAUAUUGCAUUUCUGUCCGAAAACCAUGAUAGUUUUUGGGCUCCCCCCCAAACGUCUGCACCAAUCCUGGUACCUUUCUGGCGAACUGGGUGGCUGUCGCCCUUUUGUCUGCAUCCUGAGCCCUCCUCUCCUCAAGCCUCGCCGUCUGUAUCGCUAGCUGGACCUCCAACAUCUGGUACCUUUCUUCCAGGCUUGGACCCGCUCCAGCUCCUGCUUCUCCGGUUCCGGCUGGGUUGCUCAUGAUACCUUCUCCUGCACAAGCUGCUUUCAAAGACUGUCGGAAUGCUGUGAUGGGAUGAUGAGCUGCUUGUGCGUAAAAUCGUAUCCCCUCAGAGUUUGUUCAAGUCCACAAACCUCUGUCUGUGACAGAGCCCCUCAGACAUGGCUACUCUAGUCACUAGCAGAUUCCGACAGUGGUUGCUUUCGUAAUCGCUUCCAACAUAAAAGCUCCUUAACGGAAACACGUCUUCUGGAAUCUCUGCGUGACAGUUUCCGGCGAGGAGUGGGUUUUCUUACAGGAGGUCCUGAAACCUCUCCACUGUUUUCGCUGGAAGUGUCUCUGAGCCAUCCCUCCAGCUCAGCUCCUCUCCCCUGCUGGUUCCCUCAUCAGCUGCUGCGUCUCUCCCAACCUGUGUGAGCCCUUUCACCUCCCUGUUGGUUUCCUCUUCAGCUGCUGCGUCUCUCCCAACCUGUGUGAGCCCUUUCACCUCCCUUCCGUCCGAUGGCAGUUCCCUGACAGCCUGGUUUGAGCACCAAGAGACAAAUCGGAAUGCUCGUAAAGCUGCCAAAUCCAUUACAGAUUUUGCCCGGGUCAAUAAAUCAAAUGAGAAUACCCGGUUCCUUGUGGCUUCUGUCCCAGAUCAGGACAACCCAGGAGCUUCCAUUUACCUCUUUGAAGAUGGGAAGAUGGUCAGCAGCAACUUUGAGCUGCCCUCAAAACCUCUCCCUCCCCUGGUUGGCCGAAUUGGACAUGACCAUGUGCAGCUGACAUUUCAACCUGCGGAGUAUGGGAGGGCUGCAAUCUCUAGCUAUCAAGUAGAAUACAAGAUUGCAGGAGAAGAAAAUUGGAAGAUUGUGAAUACUGACGACAGUCAGGAGACAUUCCAAGUGAGAGGGCUGAGCGCAAACACAGAAUACCAGUUUCGAUACACCGCUAGGAGCAAACCAGGACUUAGUGAGACCAGCAAUGUGAGUAAAUCUGUACAGACACGUCCUACCAGCCCUCCUGGGGAACUGAGAGAGAUAUUCGCAGAGUCUUCCAAAAUCAGUAUAGCCUGGGAGAGCCCAAAGGUCAUUGGCCAGGGAGCUGUUAUAAAGGAAUACAAAGUGGACUACCGUGAAGAGGCUGGAGAGGCAAAAAGCAAGGACAAAGAUGAAUGGGCUGAAAAAAGAACAGGGAAGAAAACAGAGUUCUGUGAGAUGGAUGGUCUGAAGCCCCAGACACCCUACAGAUUCAGAGUCUCAGCCAUGUGUGCCGGUGGGGCUGAGAGUGAGCCCAGCAAAGAGAUUGAGGUUUCCACAUCAUUGGAAGGAGACAAGAAGAGAGCAGCUUGUCAAUACCUCCAAGGCAGCACCCGCGUGGAGGAUGGGCCACCAGCAGUGUAUGCUCUGCCACUGGAGCCCAUACAGGAUGUCUCUGGAUCCUGUCUAACAUACCAGCUAGGGAAAGAGAACAUUCAUGCCCCCCAAAAAGUGAUUAUGGUGAUGGGAGCAACAGGAUCAGGGAAAACCACUCUCAUCAAUGCAAUGAUCAAUUAUGUCCUGGACGUGCAAUGGGGAGAUGAAUUCCGAUUCAAACUUAUUCAUGAAAAUACCAACAGAACCCAAGCUCAAAGCCAAACAUCAGAAGUGACCGCCUAUGUUGUCCACCACCACAAGGGUUUCCAAGUCCCCUAUUCGCUCACCAUUAUUGACACUCCAGAAUUUGGAGACACAAGAGGAAUAGUGCAUGAGAAGUUGAUAAUAAAACAGAUCCGGGAGUUUUUCUCCUCCCCAGGGGCCACUGAUCGUAUAGACGCCAUCUGUAUUGUCGUCCAGUCCUCUUUACCUUGUUUAACUCAUGCCCAGAGAUACGUCUUUGACUCUGUGCUCUCCAUCUUUGGCAAAGAUAUAAAGGACAACAUCCAAGUCCUGAUCACAUUUGCAGAUGGACAGACCCCUCCUGUUCUCGAGGCCAUUAAGGAAGCCAAUGUACCAUGUGCUAAGGAUGCCAAGGGCACCCCUGUGCACUUCAAAUUCAACAAUUCAGCACUGUUUGCCAACAAUCCUGUGGAGCCUGGAGGCAACUUCAAUUUUGAUGAAAUGUUUUGGAAAAUGGGCACCAUGAGCAUGAAGACCUUCUUUGAUUCAUCCCACACGCUAGAAACCAAGAACGUAACAUUGACAAAGGAAGUGCUCAGGGAGCGAAAAGAGCUUGAAGCUGCUAUUGAAGGGUUGCAGCCCCAAUUCAAAGCUGCACUGGCCAAGCUGGAAGAACUGAGGAAGACGCAGGAAGCCCUGGACAAGCAUAAGGUUGACGUGGCGGCAAAGCGAAACUUUACAUAUGAGGUAGAAGUAACUGUACCAGUGAAGAUGGAUAUAUCUGGCACGGGACAAUACAUAACUAAUUGCAUGUCUUGUCACGUCACCUGUCACUAUCCUUGUUCAAGACCUAGAGAUGAAGAUAAGCGUGGUUGUGCAGCUAUCGAUCAGAGCACAGGAAGAUGCAGAGUCUGUCCUGGCCAGUGUGUGUGGAAUGUGCACUUCAAUCAGAAAUACAAAUUUAAAUAUACAACAAGAAAAGAGAGAAGGACCUAUGAAGAACUGAAGCAAAAGUAUGAACGUGCCUCUGGUGAGCUGAUGACCACAGAGAAAUUGCUUAAAAAUCUUAAUGAGGACUAUGAAAAAGUGAAGGACAUCUUAGAAGAGCUUAUCCAGAAAUCAUCUCAAAGCCUCCAGCGCCUUCAGGCGAUUGCACUGAAGCCCAACCCACUCUCUACCCCAGAGUACAUUGAUCUGCUCAUCAUGUCCGAAGAACAGGAGCUGAAGCCUGGAUAUCAGGAGCGAAUCCGGUCCCUGAAGGAAGUGAGGAAAGCAGCUGAGUUAAUACAGAAAAUUGCCAAACAAGGAGCCUCUGCUGCCUGGAGAGCAGAAGCUGUAUGA